UCUCUCGCUCUCUCUCUCUCUCUCUCCUCUGCGCGGACCUCCUGCCUCCAUUUAAAGUUAACGGCCACUUCGCUUCGCGUGUGAACGCAGGAUUUCUUCCUCUUCCCCGCGUUUUGUUGACGAGUCACGUGAAGAAGUGUCGACUCAAAGGUAAACAUCAACAGUGAGCGGCGGGAGAAGCGGCACGAGACGGAGAAUAAUAGCGGCGAGGUUUGCCGCAUUGAUUGAAGUUUGCAGCUCUUGUUCAGCUGCAGAGUCGAGAGGUGGAAUCAUCAUAUCAUCGCUGCUGCUGCUGCUGCUGUCAACAACUGCAUUAACGUGCAGGCAGUUCGUGCAGAAGCAGGCACCAUGUCCACCCCCACAAACCCAGAGGUGAAGGAACUGAGCCCUGUCGACUUCAUCCAGCUGCAGCAGUACAUCGAAUACUGCAGCUUGAAGGUGAAAGAUGUGCUGAGGGAAUUUGAUGCAGAUGGUCGUCUGGCCCGGCACAGACAUGGAGAGUGCAUCAAUGAAGAAGGCUUCCGUCUCUUCCUGAAGACUUAUUUAGAAGUGGAGGACUUCCCCGUGGAUCUCUGCCAGCGACUCUUCCGCUCCUUCCAAAACUCUGAAGCCGCCCAAGAAGACACCACCAAGGAGGUUUUCCUGAAGGAUGUUUCGUGUUACUUCUCCCUGCUGGAGGACGGCCAACCCCGGGACAAGCUGGAGUUUGCUUUCAAGCUCUAUGACAGAGAUGGCAAUGGAGUCCUUGACAGCUCUGAAGUGGACCGGAUUAUAGCUCAGAUGAUGCACGCCGCAGACUACCUGGGCUGGGAUGUGUCAGAGUUGAGGCCAGUGUUGAAGGACAUGAUGAGAGCAAUCGAUGCAGACAGCAGCGACACGGUGUCUCUGGACGAGUGGGUGGAGGGAGGCAUGAACAACGUCCCCCUGCUGGUCUUGCUGGGUCUAAAGAUGACGCAGAAGGACGGGCAGCAUCUCUGGAGGAUGAAACACUUCAACAAGCCCGUUUACUGCAACGUGUGUCAGAGUUUGCUGCUGGGUCUGAGGAAGCAAGGGCUGUGCUGCACCUGCUGCAAAUACACAGUCCACGGACGCUGCGCUAACAAGAACCCGGCCCCUUGCACAAGAACGUAUGUGAAGUCAAAGAAAGAAACAGGGGUUCCAGCACACGAAUGGGUGAGUGGGAACUGUGACUCGAGGAAGUGUGAAAAAUGCCAGAAGAAGAUCAAGAGCUACCAAGGCUUAACGGGCAAACACUGCGUGUGGUGCCACACGAUGCGUCAUGAUGAAUGUGCCGACCAGGAGCCAUCGGAGUGUUUCUGUGGGCCGCUCAGAGACCAUAUCCUGCCUCCGUGGGCCAUAUAUCCUAUUAUAAAGGAGAGACCAAACAAUGUGAAGAACGGCUGCUCGAGUUCAACAGAUGACAGUGAGCUGAAUACGACUCCUGAUGGACAAGUGCUCCAGAUCAGCGCUGUGCCAAACACACAUCCUCUUCUAGUGUUUGUGAAUCCAAAAAGUGGCGGCAAGCAGGGAGAAAGAGUCCUGCGUAAAUUUCAGUAUCUACUGAAUCCACGGCAGGUGUACAACCUGUCAAAUGGUGGACCUGGACCUGGGCUGAGUUUCUUCAGAAAUCUGCAGGAUUUCAGGAUCUUGGUGUGCGGGGGAGACGGCACAGUUGGCUGGAUUCUGGACGCAAUAGACAAAGCCAAUCUGCUGAUCCGUCCGCCUGUCGCGGUGCUUCCUCUGGGCACAGGAAAUGACCUUGCACGAUGUCUGCGAUGGGGAGGAGGAUACGACGGCGAGGAUUUGACCCGUAUUCUUCGGGACAUCGAGGGCAGCUCUCAGGUGCUAAUGGACCGCUGGAGUGUGCAGGUCAUCACGGAUGAGAAUGAGGAGAAAGGCGACCCAGUGCCAUAUGAAAUCAUCAACAACUACUUCUCUAUUGGAGUUGAUGCCUCCAUCGCUCAUCGCUUUCACACAAUGAGGGAGAGACAUCCACAGAAAUUCAACAGCAGGAUGAAGAACAAGCUGUGGUAUUUUGAAUUUGCCACUUCAGAAACCAUCUCUGCUUCCUGCAAGAAGCUGAAUGAAAGCCUAACAAUCGAGUGCUGCGGUACUCCACUGGACCUCAGCAGCCUUUCUCUCGAAGGGGUUGCUGUACUCAACAUUCCCAGCAUGCACGGCGGCUCCAACCUCUGGGGUGAAACCAAGAGAGGGGACGCGAAGGGCGCGACGAGUCAGGAAGAGCCUGAGGUGAUCAUCGACCCAGAAAUCCUGAAAGUGACCUCACAAGAUCUCAGUGACCGUCGUCUCGAAGUGGUCGGCCUUGAAGGAGCCAUGGAGAUGGGACAGAUUUACACUGGUCUCAAGAGCGCGGUGAGGCUCGCCAAGACGUCACAGAUCACCAUCAGGACAAAGAAAGCAUUACCAAUGCAGAUAGAUGGAGAGCCGUGGAUGCAGCCUCCCUGCACGAUUCACAUCACCCACAAGAAUCAAGCCUGCAUGUUAAUGGCCCCUCAGGCCAAAGCCACUGGUUUUUUCAACUACAAGUAACACAAACUGACUGACUGACUACCUGCUCGUGUUCAUUGUAAAUAAAAAGACCAACUCUUUUGUAAAAGUAUAACAAAUCAAUUUGAAUGUGGAUGUUGUAAAAUAAUCAUAAAGCAUCUCUGUAACUUAUAAACAAAGCAUGCCACUGUGUAGGAAUUACAAACCCGUGUGGUUCGACCAAAUUUACCGAAGUGUUUUUAUUAAUAAUGCUCGACACUGUCGCCGCUUCCGUCUCAAGGCUUUAACAGUCUGUAGAAAAGCUGCUCUGUCAGGAACUUUAAAAGCAGGGUUAAAGUAAAGUAAAGUAAAGUGAAUGUCAUGCUCAAAGAGGAGUGUUCAGCUUCAUGUGCCUUUUUACAGUCUGGUUUUUUUGGGGGGGGUUAUGGCUUAGGUAGAAGAUUCACAGAGCACUGUGAAUGCAUGCACUUUGGGCAUGAGCCCAUGUAAUAUUGUUGUUGUUUUUUCUUGCUGUGGCUGUAAAGAUGCUGUGAUGCUGAGAUACGACUGUGUACAGUACGUUCCCGUCAAUUUAGCACCGAGAAUGAAGGAUUUAGACAAGAUUAUAUUUCAGAAUGUGGCUGAAGUAAUUUGAACCUUUCUUUUUUUGUGCGUGUGUCAUACAUUUCACGAGAUACUUGAAAGUGACUCAGGAACAGUUACAGCUCUGCUGUUCCUCUGUGUGUGUGUGGUAGUGUAUACAUGUGUAUGUGUAUGUUUAUGUGUGAGCAGUUUAUUUUUUUCAGAUUUUAUGGAGUGAGGACUUUUUGUCAGCACAAUUUCAAAAGGGCUGUUUGAGGGUUAAGACGUGGUUUUGGAUUUAAACUGAGAAAUUCUAUGUGUGUGUGUGCGUGUGUGUGCUGAUGAGCAAAGAAAGUUAACACAUUCAUUUCUAACUUGUAAAUUGUGGUAAUUUCCAUUCUAACAUUUUAAAUCCUUAUUUAAAUGCUUCACCAAUCACAUCAUUUCAGUAUAUUGAGGGUUUCUGAAUGUAGUAUGAAAUAACACUGUAUAAAGAUUUUAAUAAACUAUUUGAGCUCCAGA